AUGUUUUUUGACUUUUCCUGUGCUCUCAACACCAUCAGACUGGCACUGCUGCAGGGGAAGAUGGAGGACGCGGGAGUGGACAGUAACCUCCCUGCAUGGACCAUUGACUACCUCUCGGACCGACCACAGUACGUGCGGCUGCGCAGCUGUGAGUCUCAGGUGGUAGUCUGCAGUACUGGGGCCCCUCAGGGCACUGUCCUCUCACCGUUUCUCUUCACCAUCUACACUGAGCUGGUGGACAGCUUCAAGUACCUGCACAGGGCUGUAGAGGAGCUGAGAAGCUCUUUUGGUGGAAGACUGAGGCACCCUCAGGGAAAGAAGGAGUGCUACCACAGGGCCUUUACCCCCCCCCCAAUGUUGGACUGUACAAUAAUUAAAGUUAAUAUUGCACAGAUGAUGGUCUGUGGGCAGAUGUGA